AUGUCAAACGCUAAGAAAUCAACCGAGAAGGGCAAAAUGGCGUUUUUUGUUGGUGAGGAAUUUUUGGAGAAACAAGUUUUUGAUGGAAAAGUUAAUGGAAAUUUAAUUUCGUUGUUGUUUUAAAUAAUUAGAAAACGGAAACAUAGUUUGAGAAAUAAAGUGAAUCCAAAGUAUUCAACGAAAAUGUGAUAUUGUAAUUGGAGAAGACAACUUAAAUCUGCACAAGAUUUCGUGGUACACAUAUUGAACGCCCUCAAUAUCAUUUCUCGUACUCCCCUUGAAUAAACAUCCAACAACAAUAGUGUUGCUAUGAUGCACAAGUAGAACUUGUCAAAUGCAGUUUUUGCAGCACAUAUAAUGAAAAUAACAACAACUGAACAAGUGACGAGGCAUAAAAUUGUGGCGAGAAAGGGAAACAUACUAUUGGAAUUGUGAAAAGUGAAAAUCGAUUAAAUAUUAUUUUUUCAUUAAUCAAUCCUUUUCUCUAAUCUAAUCUCUAAUCAAAAAUUAUUGUGAUAACUACAUUUAUAUGUAUAACGUAUGCAACAACAAAAUUUUAUAAUGAUCGCUGCAACAUAUGCUCAUUAUUGCCAUAAAUAUGUGGUUGUAAAGCAUACAUUGAAAGAGUUAGAACAUUAAAAGCCAUAUUAAAACGACAAAUGCAUUUCGCUUCACUGGAGCGUAAAGUUGUAAACGAAUAAUUUUUGUGUUGUCUGCAGCACUGCUAUUAACGCUAGUGCACACUGCAUACUAUUUGACUUGCAACGAGCACGCGAUCAACGCAUCUUUAAACGCCACUCCUAUAGGUGUACAAAUGAGUUUUAAAAAUUCUGUGGAGGGCUUUUAAUAAAUUGGCGCAUUAAAAGUCUUUUGCACCCGACCAUGGAACUGAAAGUUUGGGUGGAGGGUAUUCAACGGAUCGUGUGUGGAGUUACUGUGAACACAACGUGUCAGGAUGUGGUAUUUGCGCUGGCGCAUGCCACUGGAAAAGUAGGCCGCUUUACACUCAUUGAACGUUGGCGCAACAAUGAGCGCUUGCUGGCGCCAAACGAAAAUCCGCUUAAAUUAUUACUGGAAUGGGGUGAAUACGCCAAUGAUGUGCAAUUUAUACUGCAACGUUCGGAAAAUAAACAGCAACAACAGCCAACAACGCAACGUGUAGACAAUUCUGUAGCCAAUAACAACAAUAAUAAUAAUAACAGUAACACUAAUAAUGCAGCUGUGAUGUUGCGAAAGCCUUUAGGCUUAAGCAAUAACAAUAGCAAUAGUCAUAGUAAUAUUAACAACAACAACAAUACUACGAAUAAUAACUACAAUCCACAUCAAGGGAAGUCAUCACAUUUGAACAAUCUGGAUACAAAUUUAAAUAUAUCACCAAACCUUGAUAAACCGCGUGAAUUGAAGAAAAAGAGUUUUGGGCACGAUGCAAAACAUAUUGAAAAUAUUGGUAUUGUCAAAGGUAUACCACAACGUCACAAUAACAGUAGUGACAAUAAUGACAACAAUAGUAAUAAUAAUUUACAUAAACAACAACGAAAUGCGUCUGUACCAAAUUCUUCACCCACUAACACAAUUUCGUCACACCUUGCACCCAUCUCACGUUCUCCCACUACAUUGACUGACAAUAAUAACUCGUCAGCCUUACCUCAGCUAAUCCCUCGCCACGAAAAAUCUCAUUCAAAUCCCACUGAAAUGCCCCGAAACCAUGCUCAUGCAUUUACCGAUGGUGCUGGAUUUUUUCAUGACUCACAGCAGAGAAACAAUGACGGCAACAACAAUAACAACAGCAAUAAUAUAUAUCAACAAAUCGGUGCUCAGAACAGCAAGUCAAUCAACGAAAUUAAUUUGGCUGUUGUGCGUGAGUCGCUGGAUCGCCGCAUAGCCACCAACAGCCCGGACGUGCUGUAUGCCACACCGCAUAGCAACAACUUCAAUAACAACAAUAGCAGUAAUAGUUGUAGCAGUAGUAGCAGUGAAAAUCUCCUUGACAUCUACAAUGGCAAUGUGAAUCGCAGCGGUGGCGUUGGUGGUGAUAUGCCACCGGAUUUGCUGUACAAAAAUGCGCCAACAAUUUCGGCAAACGGCGCACUAGUGCCACCACCUUACCGCGAUCCGCCACCACCACGCAAUAGCCCGUUACAAUUGCAGCAGCAACAGCAACAACAAUUCCAAACACAACAAUUUGUAGCGAGUGGCAUGAGCAAUGCAGCUGUGAACACUUUUACACAAGAUUACAACAAUGCAAGCGAUUAUGAUGUGGACUUUCAGCGCUUAGCUGGAAAUGGCAACGGUAGUAGUGGAGGUGGUGGUGGUAGUAGCGGCAGUUUGGGUAGUAUUGAGGAGAGCGAGAGCAUUUUCCAGGCGACACAGUAUAAUGAUUUAUUGCAGCUGAUCAAAUUUCAACGCGAAAAAAUAUCUGCGCAACAACUGGAAUUGAGUAAAUAUGAUGCCGAAAUAGUUUAUUUGGAAAAUAAAGAGCGGGAUCAAGCGCAAGAGCUUGAAGCGAUUUCGCGUGAAAUCACGAAAGCCGAUCAAAUAUUUCGUCAGGGCAGUGAGCAAUUACAAACACUACAGUAUGUGGAGGAAGAGAAUGAGCUGGUGAAACAGCAGGAGAAAACAUUAAAAUCCGAGAUUGCUUUAUUACGUUCGAAAUUGGCCAAUUGCGAAACUGAAUUGCUACAGUGCAAAAAUAAGAUACGCCUGUUGAUGAACGAUAUUGAGGUGGAGCAACGCAGCAAUGCCACCAAACAGAAAGCAAAUAGGCAAAAUGUUGAGCGCGAUUUUCUCAUGGAGAUGGAGCGCAUACAAAGCGAAAUCGAUCAGGCUAUACACAACACAGACACGUCUAAUAAAACUGCGGAGAAUUUGAAAAAAGAAAUACUAUUAAUUGAAAAUGCGAUCACAGAAAAGAAACGACAAGUGGAGCAAUUGGUGAAUGAGAUGAAGGAAGUGAAUCUGCAAAGUCUUACCGUUACAACAUCUGAUGAGAUUAAACAUUUUUUGGAAGGUUCCAAUAAACCCGGUAGCAGUCGUCGUAUAAUCGGCUCACCAAGGCAAUUAGAAAAUGCAGUGCCGACCAGCAAGAAUCCACAUGGCGUUUGGGUAUAAUUUUUGCACAGAAUAUUAAUAUGAAAGAAGACAGUUACUAAUCUGUUUGGAAUAUGCUCUUAAAAAGCGUUUUACAUAUCGCAUACAAACCGGAUUGAUACAUUCAAAUAGUGUAUUAUGCAAAAAUGCAAACGUUUAUUAUUAUAUCAAUCUCUUAAAACUACUAAUAUCAGAAAUUUACACAAAUUGUUGAACGCUUACAUAAACUAUAAAUACAUAUAAAAUAUUUAUUAGUACUAAUGGUCACAAAAACAAAAUAAAAUAUAUUUCUGUAGCACACAAGCGCGAAAUUGACGUCAACGAACAAAUAUAUAAAAUUCCACAUAUCCAGCAAAUAACAUAAACACGAACACAAACACAUUUACACAUAACUAAUUAGUUGAAAUUAUAAUAUAAUAUAUUCAUAUACAUAUGUAUGUAUGUACUUAAGCUUAAAAAGUAGCAAUAUUUUGUUAUAAGACAAAUUUUGAUGUGCAACAAAUGCUCACACUCAAAGAUCUCUACUGAAACUUAAAAUGUUACAAAACUCUUAUAAGUGAUUUAUUUUGAAAAUCGAAAUUGACACAUUAAACCCCUUACAGGCAUACAUAUACGCCAGGAAGUACGUAUAUGUAUGUAUAUGUUAAUAUAUGCUACAUAUCAAAUUCAAUACAAAUGCAUUAGGGUGUCCAUCAGUUUCUGCCCAAAAAAAUAUUUAGUGUACAUAUGCAGGGUCUUCAUUUUCAAUUUGAAAGGUUAUUUCUUGAUAUUGUGCAUAUUGAAAAAAAUCUACAAUUUUGAAAAAAUUAAAUUCUAAUUUUUUUUUGUUUAAAAGUUAUGCGUAGUUAAAGUCAUACAUCAAAUGUACUGAUCAUUUAUACAAGUGAUUUAGACAUCUUUUGUUGCUCAUACGACAUGGUGUACCUACAUACAGUAUACCGUAUGAUGCAUAAUUUCAACCGCGUAUAAGUUUUGAAGUAGUGUUUUUAUAAAAAAAAAAAGUUAUUGAAACAUUUUUUGUAGAGCGCGGAAAAUUAUAUUUUUUAAAUUUUUAAAUUUAUUGCAAAAGUUCAAAAAACCGCGAAUUCUAUUGAAAAUAAAGUGCUUGCUUGCGUUGGAUAAUAUUUUGUUUGGGCAAAAACUGAAGCUUCAGGGGCGUGUGAGAACAAAAAUUUAACUAACUUGGCGGAAAUAACGGACACACGCUAUUAUACAUUCCAAUUUUACUACAUUUUAUAUAAAUUAGCGAUAUUAUUGCGCUGCCGUGCGCCCUUAGAAAGUCAAGCAACAUUUUCUUGUAUAUUUUUAAUACUUGUUUUUAUAGUUUUUAAACAUAUAAUUGCAAUCCUUAAGGCAUAUUAGUUAAAUAAACACACUACAGAGUGCAAAUUUACCACCAACAACAGAAAAAUAUAAUAAAAUAAAAUAACAAAAAAAAA